GAGCUGUAGGCUGCAGGCCAGUAUCUGCAUACCCUUUCUCUUCAGAAUAUUUCAAAUAUACUGCCUCUUAAUUAUGCAUUUUGCUGCAGUUUGACAAACUGAAUGGUUCUCCUGCAUGUUAAGAAGAUUAUUUUAAAUUUCAGAGAAUUUGUCUAGUUGCUAGGCCAUGUAUGCAUUUGAAGAAUUCAGCGAACAGAGUAUUUGCCAAGCCCGGGCUUCAGUUAUGGUCUAUGAUGAUACCAGUAAGAAAUGGGUGCCAAUAAAGCCUGGACAGCAGGGAUUCAGCAGAAUCAACAUAUACCACAACACUGCCAGUAACACCUUUAGAGUAGUUGGAGUUAAACUACAAGAUCAACAAGUAGUGAUUAAUUAUUCAAUUGUGAAAGGACUGAAGUACAAUCAAGCAACACCUACCUUUCAUCAGUGGCGUGAUGCACGACAAGUCUACGGCUUGAACUUUGCAAGCAAGGAAGAGGCUACCACGUUCUCCAAUGCAAUGUUGUUUGCGCUGAAUAUCAUGAAUUCACAGGAUGGAG